AUGGAAGAGACUCAGUAUACUAUUUUAGUUCAGUUAGAAAAAGGGGAAGAGACCGUAUCAAGCACACAGGAACUAUCUCAAACUGUAAUUGAUCAGGACUGGAGAUUCACUGAUAUAUGGUCAAGCAGACAAUUUUCAAUGCAAGAUUAUAAAGGUAAACGUCGUAUUGAUGAGAGGGAUUUAGUGGUUUCGGAAUAUCUGGGACAUGGAAUAAUACGACUUUUCAAAGAUAAUGAUAAUUCCAACGAUAGUAAUAAUAAUACUGAACGUAUCGAUGAGGACGAUUUAAUUGUGGUUCCUGGAGAUGAUACAAUGGUUUGUAUGUUGUUUGUCCCCAUCUAUUUCACAGUCCAUGAAUUAUUACAUUUCUAUAUCGGCGAUGAAAUUGUAUAUAAUCAAAUUUCUAAUUUUAGAAUAUUGAAGAAUUCUAAAAAAAAUGAUCUUGGCUAUAACUUCAUGGUUUUAAUCAAGUUCAGAGACCCGCUGAUAGCAAAGAACUUUAAAGAAGAGUUCAAUGGCAAAAAAUUCAAUAAAUUGGAUUCAGAAACUUGUCAUGUCAUUCCAAUUAAAGAAGUCGUAUUUGAAAAAAAAUUAUUCUUACAACAAAAAAAUUCCGACUUUCCAUACCUGGUCAGUGACACCUUCACCACAAUUGCAGAUGACAGUAAAAAUCCAUCACAAGAUCAAGUAGAAUUGCCAACUUGUCCCGUAUGUUUAGAGAGAUUAGAUGAUGGUACCACUGGGUUAAUUACCAUUCCAUGCCAGCACACUUUUCAUUGUCAGUGUUUAGACAAAUGGAAGAACUCAAAAUGUCCAGUUUGUAGGUAUUCAAAUCUAAAAUUCAGCAGAGAAGCAUUGUUACGUCAAAAUGCAUCUUCUGCUCAUUGUAGUAUUUGUGAUGCCACUGAUAAUUUAUGGAUGUGUCUAAUUUGUGGGAAUGUAGGAUGUGGAAGGUACAAUUCUAAACAUGCAAUACAGCAUUAUGAGGAUACCUCUCACUGUUUUGCAAUGGAUAUACGCACCCAGCGCGUAUGGGAUUAUGCAGGUGAUAAUUAUGUACACCGUUUGGUUCAGAAUGAAGUUGACGGUAAGCUAAUAGAAAUAGGGACAGAUAUCCCUAAUUCUAAUAAUCCGCAAGAAUCUGGAAGUACUAGUAAGGAUAAUAAUAUGGCUACAACAUUUUUGCGAAAUAAGGAAUAUCAUUUAGAAUAUGUUCAAUUACUGAUAUCUCAACUAGAAUCCCAAAGGGAAUUCUACGAACUUAAGCUUCAGCAUUCCAGCGAGAGUUCCAACUUGGAUAAUGUAGUGGAAAAGCUGGAAAAUGAACUGGAUGCCUUAAAACUAAAAAUUAAAGAUUCAGAGAGUUCGUAUAAUCAAAAUACAAAAGCACUGCAAAAGCAGUUACAAGAAGAAAAACUAAUUAAUAAUGGGUUACAGGAGAAUUUAGAGGUAUCAGACGAAAGGUUGCGAAAUUUACAAGCAGAUAUCGAUGGUUUAAAUAAGGAAAAACAGGACCUGUCUGAGCAAGUUCAAGACUUAAUGUUCUUUUUAGAAUCAAGAGAAAAAUUUAAAGAUGCCGAUGAAAGUGUUAGGGAAGGGACGAUUGUAGUACCAGCUUCAUCUAAUGCUCCAACCAAGAAAGCAAAGAAUAGGAAGAAAAAGCCUGGAAAGAAAUAA